AUGGCGUCCUCGUUUCAGGAUGCGUGGCAGACUGCGCUCGAUGCCGAACAGGAACUGUUGCGCUCCCUCGUUGAGAAGGAGCCCACCUUUGCCGAGAUUUCACAACUUUUGUCGGAAUUCCGCACUGCUUGCCAAAAUGCGAUCCUUCUCGAUUUCGAAACCGCCCGUGGAGCCGAUGUGGAGGGUCGCCUGUGGGAUGCGCACCUGAAACUCAACACUCGGUUCCGCAAGUUGCUCGCUCGUUAUCGCGAAGAGAACACCAAGAAGAGACCCGUUGAGAAGCGGAAGCUUGAAAAGCAUUAUUUAGAUUUUAUCAAAUCGAGCCAGCGGUUCUACCGGGGUUACAUCCAGCAUUUAUCCUCGCAUUUCGGAGGCAUCGUGGAAUUAGAGAAAGUGGCGCGCAAGUUCAAUUUUGAGAACCUAUCCGCUACCCCUCCAUCCACGAUUACGCCAGAGCUGCGGUUGCGCAUCCUUCAAUCGUGCCAUGCGACUCUCAUCAGAUUGGGCGAUCUUUCUCGGUAUCGGGAAACCGAACUUGCUAGCAACAAACGCAAUUGGGGUCCGGCUAUUGGAUACUACGAUUUGGCCUCGGUCAUCUACCCUGCAUCGGGCGCAUCGCAUAAUCAGCUGGCAGUAAUCGCGCUCGCCGAUGGCAACCACUUCCGAGCCACCUAUCACCUCUACCGGGCGUUGUCUGCCCACAAUCCGCAUCCCUCCGCAAAGGGAAAUUUGGAGAUUGAAUUCAAAAAGGUGAUGAAUCUAUGGGCUAAGCGAGAAUUGAUCAAACCAGAGGAUCAAGGCAUUCCAGGAAAAGCAUUGGCACCGUGGUUUGUCUAUCUCCAUGCGCAGUGUUACAAGGGCAACGACUUUCCCGAGCAUGAUGAGCUGGAAAGCGAGGUUAUGAGCCAGUUGGCAGUUGACAUCAGGGAGCGUUCGCAUGAAGGAACGCUCCAAAAGUUCUGUCUUGUUAAUAUUGCCGCAGAGGACUUUGCCCGAACUCGUUCUACUGAGGAGUCAGUCUCCAAUGCACGCAUGUUCUUCCAGCGCAUCAAUGUGAAGACCUUCUUCACAUUACUGCAGAUUCUUUUGGUUGAGCUUGAGCGGUUUGCCGGAGAAGAUUCGAGUAACAGCAGCAAAGACUCGAAGAAUGGUCCCGAUAAGGUCACUGUCGUUGCUCGACGGAUCCUACCUGCUUUGCGGCAUUACAGCUCCUGGCUUUUGACCACCAGCGACUUCCUUAUUUCCCCAACGGAAGAGCAGGACUCGUCUCUCACCAUUCAGAUUCACGAGUUCUGGAAGAUCUACGCAGGUACCCUGACUCUCUUGGCAUCCACAUUUGAUGUCGUUCAUCUUCCCGAGAUCGAUUACCUUCUAGAGGAGGAUGAAGAAAGCCUUGGCUUUGCGCCAUUGGACCAAGCGGCGACUUCUCGACGAUACGUCGGUAUGGGUGAUCAGCUCAAGCCUAGGAUGAACGAUCCAGGUGUUGAGAGGAGCCAUCCAAACAUAGAGAUGCUCUACCGAAUCCGCGAGUUCGUGAUUGAUGGUUUGGACUUGGUUGUGAGAAACAAUAUCCCCGUUGCCCUUGUGGAUGAGGAGGACAAGAAAACGUUCAUCUACCAGGAGGAUGGAUUGCCGUCUCAAUUCUUCUCUAGCCCCCAUGGUCGCCAGAACACGCUCACGACACCGGUCAUUGAACGAGAGGAUAUCCCGCCAGCAGGUCAAGAUUCGACCGCUGGCACUGAAGCACGCAGCAUGUAUGGCGACUCGCAGUCCGCCUCGGUCUCGGCCUCUGCAUCAAUGUCAGCCAACAUGCACCGCAUCGCCGAGGAUGUUGAGCGCUUGGUUGAGUCCGACACGUACGAGAAUGCGCCCAAUGUCGACCAGUUUGCUUUCCUGCAUGAUUCUGGAGAGAUGCCCACUCCUUCGGCUCGAAUGGCGCCAAACAACAAUGCCUUCCCGUUCAGCGAAAAAAUCCCACAGCCGCUUAGUACCCCUAUGGCCCCUCCUGGUCUAGGACCACCUGUCGUCAACGCAGCAGAGGCUCUCCGUGCAUCAGUCUCUCAAUCUUACACACCCCUCCCCACGCUCCCCAGUAUUCCCAGCAUAUGGAACACUGGAACUCCCGCGCCCCUGCGUGACGGUGCCUCCCCACGCACCCCGCCCGGUCUCGGACAACCUUCCUCCAUGAACCCAAUGGGCACGAUGAACCCCAACACGACCGGGUCUCCAUCGCAGGACCAGAUCACAAAUGAUCUCCUCCGACACAACCGGAUGGCCCAGACCCAACUCCCCACCCCCCUGGAUAUGUCAAGCUCCAUGCCGUCAUGGUUUGCCCAAUCCAACGUCCAUCCAGCAGACAAUUGGGCCCCGGAUCCACGCCGCUCGUCCUACAUUGACCCCAGCCAGCCAAUCUCAAGCGGAUACUCAGCUCAGCAAUGGUGGGCGAAUAAUGGCUUUAUCGCUAGUAGUCUGGCUUCAGGUGCCGGGCCCUUCAACUCAGGAUUUAACGGCCACCGCAAGUCGGCUACUCAGCUCGGCGCAAUUGGUCAAAGUCCACCUUGUGGCCAAGGCGGUUGA